CCACAGCUUGGAUGCCCAUCCCCAACCAAAGACCCCACACUUCUGCAGCGACACGGACACUACCUGCGGCUUUAGCAUUAUUUACUGACUAAUAAGGACAGAAAGUUAAGGAGUCUCGAGGAAAGUGAAACGAACAUCGGAUCCUUUUAAAAGCUCAUUAAGAGAGGGAGACUGUUUUUUUUUAAGAGUAUGGCUAACUCCGGGAUCCAGCUGCUGGGAUUUUUCCUGUCAUUAAUAGGUAUUGUGGGUCUGAUCAUCGGGACUAUCCUGCCGCAAUGGAAGAUGUCCGCGUACAUCGGGGACAACAUCAUCACGGCGGUAGCCAUGUACCAGGGACUGUGGAUGUCAUGCGCUUUCCAAAGUACCGGGCAGCUCCAGUGCAAAAUCUACGACUCCAUUCUGCAGCUCGACAGUUCACUCCAGGCCACUCGUGCCUUGAUGAUCUUUGGCAUCAUUGUUUCCAUCGCUGGUCUGGGUGUGGCCUGCAUGGGAAUGAAGUGUACCACCUGUGGAGGAAGUGACAAAGUACGCAAGGCCCGCAUCGCCAUGACAGGAGGCAUCAUCCUGUUAGUGGGAGGGCUGUGUGCCAUCGUAGCAUGCUCCUGGUUUGCUCACAAUGUCAUCAGGGCUUUCUAUAAUCCCUACACGCCUGUCAACACCAAGUUUGAGUUUGGUGCAGCCAUCUUCAUCGCGUGGGGCGGUUCCCUCCUAGACGUCUUAGGCGGGGCCAUGUUGGCUGCUUCUUGUCCAAGGAAGAAGCAAAUGUCCAAGUAUCCGACCAUGGGCAGUUCCCGCUCAGGUCCUCCAAGCAGCGCUAAGGAAUAUGUCUGAGAUUUCCCCCCUGUAGCCAGGGACUUUAAAAGGAGCUGAGGAAGAAGAUCUUCAGCAUCAGAGGAGCAAAACCGAAGAUGUAUGGAUGAUUGUGAAUUACACAGAGGCACAAAGUACUGGACAGGGACUUUCUUUACUUUGUGUUCAGGCAGGCCUUUGAUGACCCUUUGAUUAUUAUGCAUCACCCUCAAUUUUUUAAUGACGGAUGUCUCUCACUCCAUCCAAACAUUCCCCAAUUGUUUACAAGCAGUCUUCACAUAUACAUUAUAAUUGGAUCCCCUGACUUAAUAGACAAACCUUCUUGGGCCACAUCGAAGCCUGAAUGGUGGGUUAUAGCCAAUACUUGCACCCUCCUGUUAGAACCACAAUUUAUUAGCAUUUGCCAUGUAAUUGAAAGUAAUCAAUUACAGUUUGGUGAGCAGUCUGCAAGUCAACACUCUGUCCAACACAGGAACAUGGUGACAAUACAGUGUUUUAUAUCAACUCUUGGUACUAAAAUAGAUGUUACAGUAAGCAGGGUGUGACUUCACACACAGGCCUUUUGCUACAGGACUCCCCACAGCUCUUCAUACCAGCGUGUUACAAAGCCUGUUCAGCUAUAAAAUAUCUGAUGUUGUAGUCAUCGUGCCUUUAUCGCUCUGUUGGCUACGCUAUCAGCCACUGAGAUUCAACUGCAACUAUUUAUUUUGUCGAGUGUAGGCAUUUACUGCUGUGUAGAUUUGCAUAAUUGGUAGUUCGCUGUAGCUUAUUGUAGCUUUCAGAAAUCAGUGUUUUUAAUGCUCCGAACAGUGUCUCCUGUGUUUUUAAAUGUCAUAGUUUUAUACACUUUUAGCAGAUAA